UCCUAAGAGCAAAGAAAAUUAUUUUCUUCUGAGACACUUAUUCAGUGCCACCAGUAGGAGGCAGUGGCGCCUUGCUUCUCUGUGCAAACGGAAGUAUCAACUUCCUCAUUCUGCUGAGGAAGCCAGACUGCACCAGAAGCAUCGGUCGUCCGUUUCAUCUUUUCUUCCUGUUUUACAGAAAUUUGAAAUGAAAGAUCAUCCAGAAGUGCUGUUGAAGAGAUUUCAGUUUGACCACAGGUGGAAUCGAUAUGAUAAAAUCCAGCGCAGUGUGGAGGUUCCCCACUCAAUACCAGUACAGGGUCAGAAAUAUGAGCUGUAUGCAUGUGUGGAGCACAGCGGUGAUCUGAAAGCUGGACAUUACACUGCAACCAUCAAGUCUGAGGAUGAUGGGAAAUGGUAUUGGUUCAGUGACACCACAGUAGUGCCGCUUUCAUUCCAGCCUCUCCAGGUGGAUUCCAGUCACAGAUUCAGAGAUGCUUAUCUUCUAUUUUACCGGAGAGAGAAAAGAAGUUCAUCUGGAGAAGAGGCGUCCCCUCCUGCAGCCUCCACACUGCAAACCAGAGGCGUCAGUGAUCUGAGAGGAAACUAUGUGAAGAGAGAAGACAAGGAGGACGAGGAGGAAACAGCAGGUUCAAGAAAUGUUACUGAGAGUGAAGGAAUGAGUAACGCUGUUGAUGAAGAGAGGAGAGAAAAUAUUGAGUUAAAAAAAGGUUUUUUCAGAGGAGAAAGACAGAACAACUACUAUAGAUGAACUAGGAGGUGGAGUAAGGAGUCCAGCAGAUGUGGAGGGACAAGAACCAAACAGAAAAGCAGCAGAUGACAGGAAGCCGGCAGGAGAGCACAAAAAUGUACAGACAAAAUAUGAUCUUUGCCGCAGUCCUCUGGGAAACACAAGCAGUGAGACAUCAGAGACAAGGCAUGAGGAGCAAAGAAAGGAAGAAGUUCUCAAAGCAAAAGUUUCCAUCAAGCUGUGGAAGAUCAGACCUCUGCAGCUGUUAACUAUGAUCCUCACAAUGACUGUUCAGCAACGGAUCAAACUUCAGGACAAGAUUAUGAAUCAGAAGAUCAAGUUAGGAGAACUUUGGAAGACAGGAGAGGACGUGAUGAGAGUUAUAUUCACAAACCAGCAGAUCAGAAGAGGAACAGAUCAGAAAUUGAAUCCUGCCUGCAACGGAGUUCUAAUCGUCGUCCUCUGAACAAGUGUCAGAAGAGGAGAGAGAUCAGGACAGAUGAUGGACUGGAACAAACCAGAGAAAACCCUCAAAGACACAGCAGUCAGACUGCAGAGGGUCUGGAUAAAACACAGUCUGGGGAUCAUUUCAAACUGAGACCACAGGAGGAUCUGAGCAAAGAGACGAGGCCAGAUGUUAGUGUGAAAAGACACAACAGUGAGGAAGAACUGAUGGGAGAAAACAAAGAGAGGAAAUACAGGAAAAGGGAAAGAGAAGCAGAGAAAAAAUAUGAUUUAAAAACAGCAGAGGAGUCUUUGUCAGAACAUUUCUACAAUUUCAAACUAAGUGAUUCAAGUUCAUUAGAGAAACCUGAAAGAAGGGACAUGGGUACUCAGACAGAGGACAUGAGUGGUU